CAUGUUAAGGGAAAGCAGAGGGGCUCCGUGCUGACCAUGCUGAGGAGGCUGGACAAGCUCAGGCUCAGAGGCCACAAGAGAGACGACCUCCUUGACCUAGCGGAGUCUCCAAACGCCUCGGACACCGAGGGCGGGGACGAGACAGCCCUGAAGGUACCUCGGACCUUGCCCCGGGACAGCGACGAGCUGAGGGACCCUGCUGGGCCAGGGACCCUCAUCAUGGCUGCAGGAGUCCAGGACUUUAACCGGACAGAGUUUGAUCGCUUAAAUGAGAUCAAAGGUCACCUGGAAAUCGCCUUAUUGGAAAAACACUUCUUACAGGAGGAGCUCCGGAAGCUGCGAGAGGAAACCAACGCGGAGAUGCUGCGGCAGGAGCUGGACCGGGAGCGGCAGCGGCGGAUGGAGCUGGAGCAGAAGGUCCAGGAAGUGCUGAAGGCAAGAGCCGAGGAGCCGCCCGCUCAGCAGCCUCCGAAAGGCCAGGCCCAGGUCAAUAAUGGAGCAGACCGACGGAGCCAGGGGCUGUGCCCCCGUGUCCAGAAGUGGUUCUAUGAGAAAUUCGGGGAGUACGUGGAGGACUUCCGGUUCCAACCCGAGGAGAGCGCGGUGGAGACGGAGGAGCCCCUCAGCGCCCGGAGGUUGACCGAGAACAUGAGGAGGCUCAAGCGCGGUGCCAAGCCUGUCACCAGCUUUGUGAAGAACCUCUCUGCCUUAUCCGACUGGUAUUCCGUCUACACGUCUGCCAUCGCCUUCACCGUGUACAUGAAUGCCGUGUGGCAUGGCUGGGCCAUCCCCAUGUUCUUAUUUCUAGCAAUUUUGAGGUUAUCCCUCAAUUACCUCAUAGCCAGGGGCUGGAGGAUACAGUGGAGCAUCGUGCCUGAAGUGUCCGAAGUGGUGGAGCCUCCAAAGGAAGACCUGACCGUGUCCGAGAAGUUCCAGCUCGUGCUGGACGUCGCCCAGAAAGCCCAGAACCUCUUUGGCAAGAUGGCCGACAUCUUGGAAAAGAUCAAGAACCUGUUCAUGUGGGUGCAGCCUGAGAUCACCCAGAAGCUGUACAUCGCGCUGUGGGCCGCCUUCCUUGCCUCCUGCUUCUUCCCCUACCGCCUGGUGGGGCUGGCCGUGGGACUCUACGCCGGAAUCAAGCUUUUUGUCAUCGAUUUUAUCUUCAAACGCUGCCCGAGGCUGAGAGCCAAGUAUGACACGCCGUACAUCAUCUGGAAGAGCCUCCCUACAGACCCCCAGCUCAAGGAGCGCUCCAGCACCGCCGUGUCACGCAGGGACGCCAGCCGCGUCCACGGCGCCAAGAAGAGCAAUUUCCAUGAAAUCUUUAACUUGACAGAAAACGAGCGCCCGCUGGCGGUGUGUGAGAGCGGCUGGCGGUGCUGCUUGAUAAACAGAGACCGCAAGAUGCCGACCGACUACAUCAGGAACGGGGUCCUGUACGUGACGGAGAAUUACCUGUGCUUCGAAAGCUCCAAGUCCGGCUUCUCCAAGAGGAACAAAGUCAUCAAGCUGGUGGACAUCACGGACAUCCAGAAGUACAAGGUCCUCUCCGUCCUCCCGGGGUCGGGCAUGGGGAUUGCCGUGUCCACGCCAUCAACACAGAAACCGCUGGUGUUCGGCGCCAUGGUGCACAGAGACGAGGCGUUCGAGACCAUCUUUAGCCAGUACAUGAAGAUCACGGCGGCGGCAGCAUCAGGUGGUGACAGCUAG